CGGGGUGAAACGGGAAGAAGGUGAAAAUGGCGGCGGCCAGGGCCGGGGUCCUGGGAGUCCGUUGGCUGCAAAGGUCAGCCCGGAACUUGUUGCCCUUGGGUGCACGGACGGGUGCACGGACAGCCUCUCAUAUUACCAAGGACAUGCUUCCGGGGCCUUAUCCCAAGACUCCAGAAGAACGGGCUGCCGCCGCCAAGAAGUAUAAUAUGCGGGUAGAAGACUACGAGCCGUACCCGGAUGAUGGCAUGGGGUAUGGCGACUACCCGAAGCUCCCUGACCGCUCACAGCAGGAGAGGGAUCCAUGGUAUGACUGGGACCACCCAGACCUGAGGUUGAAUUGGGGUGAACCGAUGCACUGGGACCUAGACAUGUAUAUCAGGAACCGUGUGGACACGUCCCCCACGCCUGUUUCUUGGAAUGUCAUGUGUAAGCAUCUCUUCGGCUUCGUGGCCUUCAUGAUGUUCAUGUUUUGGGUUGGGGAGACUUACCCCACCUACCAGCCCGUGGGGCCAAAGCAGUAUCCUUAUAACAAUCUGUACCUGGAACGAGGCGGCGAUCCCACCAAAGAGCCUGAGCCGGUGGUUCAUUAUGAGAUCUGAGGAGGCUUCGUGGGCUUUGUGCCCUCUAACUGACUCCCUCAUUUCUAGAGAUUUAACCUUAAUGAAAUCCCUAAUAAAACUUAGUGCUGUGGUA